UUGGAAAGUCUCAACCUGUCUUUCAAUUCUUUCGGCGGGAAACUUCCGACUAAUAUGUCCCACUGUACACAACUCAGAUUUUUGGAUCUUUUUUCCAACAAGAUUAUUGGGUCAAUUCCACGCCAACUCAGUUCAUGGUUGAGUUUGACUGUUCUACAACUUGGAAAAAAUAAUCUCAGUGGAACCAUCCCAGGUUGGAUAGGAAAUUUUUCUUCUUUGAGGAGUCUUAGACUUGCCGGCAACAAUUUUCAAGGAAGCAUACCUAAUGAGCUCGGGCAUGUAACAACCUUGGAAUUAUUCGUAGUUGGGGACAAUAAUUUGUCUGGUAUGCUCCCUUCUUCAAUUUAUAAUAUUUCUUCCAUAUACAUAUUCAGUGUUUUUAUGAACCAAUUCCAUGGAGAGCUACCACCAAAUCUCGGCAUCCUGCUUCCUAAUCUCGAAAAAUUUUACUGUGAUGGCAACAAUUUCACAGGAAAUAUUCCUGUAUCAUUGUCAAAUGCUUCCAGACUUCAUAAGAUUGAUUUUGCUCAAAAUGACUUCACGGGGACAAUCCCUGGAGAAAGUCUCGGAAGCUUGCGAAGCUUAAUUUGGCUAAACCUUUUUAACAAUCGACUGGGAAAUGGAAAACUUGGUGAUUUGAGUUUUCUCAAUUUCUUUACUAAUUGUACUAGUCUUCAAUAUCUGGCUCUUAGUCAUAAUCGUUUUGGGGGAGAAAUCCCGAGAUCCAUAGCCAACCUUACGACCCAACUAAAAAUUAUUCAUCUGGGGGGUAAUUUGUUACAUGGAAGCCUCCCAAACGGCAUUGCAAAUCUUAUAAACCUCAUCGGUCUAGAUAUGUCUCGUAACUAUUUGGCGGGUGUUGUCCCUGAAGAAAUUGGGAAGCUCGAGAAGAUAGGGGUACUGUAUUUGCAUCAUAACAAAUUUUCCGGGCCAAUUCCAUCGUCCCUUGGUAAUAUGACUUCAUGGAUAGAGCUCUGCAUGGAGAAAAACAAUUUUCAGGGAAGUAUACCUCCAAGUCUUGGAAAUUGCCAGAACCUGUUACUACUUACACUUUAUAAUAACAAUCUAACAGGCAGCAUACCUCAAAAGCUUAUGGAGCUUUCAACCCUUUCAAUUUCUUUGGACCUGUCUGAAAAUUAUUUGACUGGUCCACUGCCAAGUAAUGUGGGUGAUCUGGUGCAUCUCACACUGCUAAAUGUAUCAAACAACAAGUUAUCAGGUGAAAUCCCCAACACCAUCAGCAGUUGUACUAGUUUGGGGGGCUUGUACUUGGACAACAACAAAUUUGAAGGAAAAAUUCCUCAGUCUCUUAAAGAUUUAAAGGGCUUGGAAGAACUUGACAUCUCAAGCAAUAACUUAUCCGGGCAGAUUCCUGAAUUCUUAGGCAAGCUUGGAGCACUUAAGUAUCUCAAUCUUUCUUAUAAUGAUUUUGAAGGCGAGUUGCCUAAAGAAGGAAUUUUUUCAAAUGUCAGUGGUGCCUCAGUUCUUGGAAAUCAUAGGCUCUGUGGUGGCAUCCCACAAUUACAUCUACCUGCAUGCCACAAAAACAAACACCAUUCAUCUGGAGGACCAUUUCCCCCAAAAGUAGUCAUCCCUAUAUCUUGUGCACUUGCAUUCAUAAUUGCUCUAUCAUGCUUCUUCAGUGCUCGUUCAAUGCUGAAAAAGUCAAGAGAUGGACUUGUAACUUCACGUUCUUAUAAGGAUUGGAAAUUAGGUGUUUCCUACUCACAACUUGUUGAAUCGACUAAUGGUUUCUCAGUGGAUAAUUUGAUUGGUUCGGGAAGUUUUGGUUCUGUUUAUAAAGGGGUAAUUCCUAGCGAUGGAACGGUAGUUGCUGUUAAGGUAUUAAACCUUCAACAACAAGGAGCGUCCAAGAGUUUCAAUGAUGAAUGCAAAGCUUUAAGAAGUGUCAGGCACAGAAAUCUUGUCAAGAUCAUAACUUCAUGCUCGAGCAUUGAUAAUCAUGGUAGAGACUUCAAAAGUCUAGUCUUUGAGUUCAUGCCAAAUGGAAGUCUUGACUCGUGGUUGCAUCCUAGAGAUGAGGAUCAAUCUCCAAGUAAGAGAUUGAAUUUUAUGCAAAGAUUGAACAUAGCCAUUGAUGUUGCUUCUGCGUUAGAUUACCUCCACAACCAUUGUGAAACGUCCAUUGUUCAUUGUGAUCUAAAGCCGAGCAAUGUACUUCUUGAUGAAGACAUGGUAGCCCAUGUUGGGGACUUUGGUUUAGCAAGGUUCCUCUUGGAAGCAUCAAAUGAUCCUUCCCUCAGUCAAACAAUGUCAUCUCAACUAAAAGGUUCUGUAGGUUACAUUCCUCCAGAGUACGGCAUGGGAGGCCAAGUUUCCAUCCAGGGAGAUGUUUACAGCUACGGGAUACUUUUGCUAGAAAUGUUCACAGGAAAAACACCUACUGAUGACAUGUUCAUCGAAGGUUUAAGCAUUUACAAAUUCGCAGCCAUGGCUUUGCCCGACCAUGUCAUGGACGUUGUUGAUCCUUCAUUGCUUCUCGACCUCGAAGCUGAUGGUAGUGUUAACGAUGACAGAUACGAAAGGACUGCACUGCCCAGACGUAACAAUCGUGGAAUGGUGAAAGCAAAAAAGGUAAAGGAAUGCUUGUUUGCGGUGAUGCAGAUAGGACUUUCCUGCUGUGCAGUAUCACCAAAGGAGCGGAUGCUUCUGAAUAUGGUUGUUGGAAAAAUGAGUGCAAUUAAAGACUCGUACCUCAAAGUUCAAGAAGGCUAAAGAAUGGCAAAGAUAUGCUGCUUGUGGUUUUUCUUUAAUUGUUUUUCUCUACCUUUCCUGCCAUCGCUUUGAACCUUGCCUCCUUUAUGCUAGCGGUUGUUUUAUAGGGACGAAGUUUUCAUUUGUAUGACUUGAAGCUUUCCAAAUCUUAUUUGUGUGGAGCUAUUUGUAAUUGUCUUGGUUAUGUCUAUCCUGUUUAGAAUCUGAUAAACUCAAUGCUGAAGUAGUUUAUAACAUUUCAGUCUCAUAUUUCUUCCCAAA